CAUGCAAAAAGAUUUUACCAUGCAGACUUAAAUUUUGAAUUAGUUAGGCUUACAACUAUUGCUGAAUAUAUGAAGAAAAUGCUUUAUCCUGUUACUGUUAAAAUCCCUGGAAGAGAUGAUUUUCUUGUCAUCCUGAAUGUUAACAUCACAACUGAAUGCAAAUACGUGGGGAAUGGAAGCAAGUGCACUUUCUGGAAUGAAACUUUGCAAAAGGAUAGUGAAUUUUGCAAAGAUUUGCCAGAAUGCUCAAAUACAUCCACGUCUAACUGUAGUGACUUGACCACGGAUGAAAUAGGUUUCUGCCGAGAGGAUGUUUCCAGUCUAAUACAAAAAGUUACGGCAAAAGGCACCUUUACAAUGAAUCGGCAAUACCUUGAGGCCUUUCUAAAUAAGUCAUCAAAAGAUUAUCAAGAUCUUAAAAAUAACCUUACGGCACCGCUUGCCAAUUCUUUCAGUAACCUGAAGGGGUACCAGUGUGUCAAAAUACUGCAGUUUUGCAACGGAAGCCUCAUUGUGGAGUUUGAAUUGAACAUCAAUGGAGAAUUAUCAUCCAAGGAUUUUUUAAGGCAAGCCAAAGAUGCGAUUUCUCUGAUUGGAAGCGAGGUUGACAGCGAUUCCUUGAAACUGAAAGUUGAUGGACUACUGAAGAUGGAAGUCUAUCCUGAUAUCAUUAAUUAUAAGGAUUCUGUACAACUGUCAUGUAUCAUUAAGGACAGGGUUGAUGUAUCAGAAUGGUUCAUCAGGGCAUCAAGAGAAGAGGAAGAUGCCCCCAUUGCUGAACGUCUUUAUGUCUUCGACGAAGGUGAUCAACGCUCUGUCAGCAUUCUUUUGAUAAAGGCAACUGCAAUUUGGAAAGGUAAAGUCAAUUACAAGGGAAUUCAAACAUAG